AUGAAAGCUAAAAAAAUACCAAAGAAUAUGGACACUAAAUAUGAACCAGAAACUAAGUGCCGAUGGAACUCUUAUCAAACCUACCGCCUUAUUUUGUGGGGGUGGAUGAUGAACGAAAUAUCCACAGUUUUUGCACCAGCAGAUUUAUCCCACCAUGGAUUCUAUAUACAUAUGGUUUUGUACACGAUAUCUGCAAUCUUCGUCGGUCUACCAUUAUUAUAUUCAGAAGUAUGUAUCGCGCAGUACACGAACUGUAACACUUUCACUCUAUGGAAUCAUUUCCCAGUCUUUCGCGGGGUUGCGUAUAGCUCAAUAUACUUAAUCAUUCUUAAAACUAUGUAUGUUUUGAUUCUAUCAACGUGGUAUAUACAGUAUGCUAUAUAUUCAGCAAUUGACACCCCACCCUGGUUUACCUGUGAUGAAUUCAAUGACACAUAUUGUAUGGUGAAAAGAAUCAAUGUAUCAAUAUUUCAACAUUGUCUAGAGACUCAAUUUUUACUCGAUGAAGAUUGCGGGAUGCGAACAGCAAGCUAUUGUUUUUUCCAGAGAGAAAUAGGAGAUAAUAAUACAUUGGAAUCAAUGUCUUGCUUAUAUGCGUGGAAGCAGCUUAUAGCAAGUAGCGCAAUCAGUGUGUCCUUAUUUGUUCUCUCUUUGAAAAGUGAUAAAUUUAUACAAAUAUUUGUAAAAAUUUUAGCCGCUUAUUUAACAGUUACUGUAUUCAUUCUUUUAAGUAUAUCAUUAUCCACAAGUGGAUCGUGGUAUUCUGCGAGAACAAUUUUGGGGGUUGAAUGGGAUAAUUAUACAUUAAGUGACUGUCUAAGGCCAGUUUCCUUGGGAUUUUUAUCAUUAGGUACAGGUUAUGGAAUGGUUAGUCAUUUAUCUGCAAAUGUACCUUUUAGAAGCCCUGCAAUGAUGACUGUUAUUACUUCAUCAUUGUUUUCAUUAUGUUUUACUUUUGUGAUGUCUUUGAUAAUAUUCAGCGGAAUAAAAACUAUGUCAUAUUAUCACGGAGAAGAAGAAAAUGUUAUCGAAUUUGGUGAUAGCCCUUUUUUUUCUCCCUUGGCAUCGAUCUCUGAGAUUUUAAUUUAUUUUGACGCAAUACAAAUUUGGUCCUUUAUUUGGUAUUUAUCAAUUUUAUUGUGCCUUUAUUUAGUUCUUUGGAUACAAUAUUUAUUUCUUCGAGAUUUAUUAUUGGACUAUGUUCCAUUUGCACGUAGACGCUAUAAUUUGACAAGUGCGUUAGUUUCGUCAUUCAUAUCAAUAUUUUCAUGGCCUUUCAUAUGUUCAGAUUUAACUUCUGCUCUUAGCGAUGUCACAGAAAUUUUGCAAAUUUGCAAUUGUUUGCUUUUAUCUAUAUCAUUAUAUUGGAUUUAUGGCUACAAGAAACACAGUGUAGAUAUAGUUUUCAUGAUUGGUAUAAAGUCCAGUUACUUUUGGAAAAUUUGUUGGGUUUUGAACCCUCUAUUCAUAACUUUUAUAUUAUUUGCAAAAUUAAACCAUUGGGCUGGUGGUGAGUUUGACGACUCUCACGAGUUUGUGUCGGUUAGUAUGAGGUUCGAUGAACUUGUAUUUUUUAUACUUUUUAUAACGCAUUUCUCUAUUAUUAUUCUUGGUACAUUAUAUGAAUUAUACUCAUAUUAUAAACACGAUAAAAUUUUAAAUAUAUUCUUUCCCUCUGAAGAUUGGGGCCCAGUAGAUAUAAUCUUAUACAGAAGUCGAAAAAUGUUUGUACCUGAAAUCAUGACUACAGAAUUUCUUUACAGACAAGUAAGAAUACAUAGAUAUACUGUUAAGAAUAGGAACAACAAUAAAAACAAAAGUUCUAGUCAAAUAACUGAAAAUUGGUCCUUAGAUAUAGGGCAAUGGAGUGCGCUGACUUCAAAUUGA